AUGGCUGGACAGUUCCGCAGCUACGUGUGGGAUCCGAUCUUGAUCACCUCUCAGAUAGUGCUUAUGCAGUUCAUCUACUACACCUCACUGGGCCUUUGGAUCGCCUCUGUGGACUUGGUGAUUCGUUACAGUCCUUCACUUGACCAGAUAUUUAGCUAUGAGAGCUUGGGAUUUUCUUCAGUACAUGGGAGAGUCUCUAUGAUGGCUUUCAUUCUGAACUCUUUAACAUGCGCCCUGGGCCUACUGUAUUUUAUCCGCAGAGGAAAGCAGUGCUUAGACUUUACUGUGACUGUUCACCUCUUUCACUUCUUCGGAUGUUGGAUUUAUAACGCCCAGCUGCCCAGCACUAUCACGUGGUGGCUACUGAACAUUGUGUGCAUUGGCUUAAUGGCAGUAAUUGGGGAGUACCUCUGCCUGCGGACUGAACUCAAUGAGAUUCCUCUAAACUCCGCUCCUAAAUCUAAUGUGUAG